GGUUAGCAUAACGGUAUUUGACCAAUCAGAAAAGCAAAAAUUCGUCAUCGAAAUAUUUGGUUGAAUAAUUUCUUUUCUUUAACUAAAUUUAUCAUUUAUGAAUGAAAAAUGAGUAUUGAUUACACAGAAAUCUGUGAGAAUACAAAGUUGGCGAGGGAGAAUGCCUUGUUUGGUAGUUAUGACACCUCACUCGUAUAUUAUCAGGGAGUGAUUCAACAGAUUCAAAAGCUACUUGUGACAGUGAAAGAUGCUUCUAAAAAAAAUAGAUGGCAACAGGUAAGGUCAGAGAUUAAUAUUGAGUAUGAACAGGUGAAGGACAUACAGAAGACUCUAGCCAGUUUUAAGUCGGACAGUAGUAGAUCAGCUUACUCUCACAAUGACUAUGGUUCACCAUUUGAUGACUAUUCCAGACAUGAAGAGCCUACCCGUGACCCUGAUGUCUGGCCACCACCCACUCCUGUAGAAAAUAGACCAUCACCGAACAUACGAGGGGGUGUACAGCGGCCAGCACCAAAAAGAAAUGAACCAAGUAAUAGAUACAGGUCAAAGCCAAGUAGUAGUAACACACCUGAUGACAGACGAGGCAGGUAUGGAGGUGGAAGUCGUCCCAGUGAUAGAGGCAGGGAUAACAGGGGGAAGGAUAAGAAAAAGGAGGAAGGUGAUGAGAAAAAGUUUGAUCCAUCUGGACAUGACAAAGAUCUGGUAGAGAAUCUAGAGAGAGAUAUUGUACAGAAAAAUCCUAAUGUUCAUUGGGAUGAUAUAGCAGAUCUAGUGGAAGCCAAGAAACUGUUACAGGAAGCUGUUGUGUUGCCACUUAUCAUUCCAGAUUUCUUCAAGGGUAUACGUAGACCCUGGAAGGGUGUAUGUAUGAUAGGGCCACCUGGCACAGGAAAGACAAUGCUAGCUAAAGGAGUCGCCACUGAGUGUGGAACUACUUUCUUCAAUUGUUCUGCCGCAAGUCUAACAUCAAAAUAUCGUGGUGAAUCUGAAAAACUGGUCCGUCUGCUGUUUGAAAUGGCGAGAUUUUAUGCUCCCAGUACAAUCUUUAUUGAUGAGAUAGACUCUAUCUGCUCUAAACGAGGCUCCGGGUCGGAACAUGAGGCAAGCAGACGUGUAAAAUCAGAACUACUUAUACAAAUGGAUGGUGUGGCAGGAGUGUGUGGUGGCGAAGAUUCAUCCAAGAUUGUCAUGGUAUUGGCGGCCACUAACUUCCCGUGGGACUUAGAUGAGGCUUUACGUAGACGUCUGGAGAAGAGAAUCUAUAUACCUCUACCUACAGUUGAAGGAAGGGUGGAGUUGUUGAAGAUUAAUUUGAAGGAGGUACCGCUGGCUCCUGAUGUAAAUCUCAUGGAAGUUGCCAAGGUUUUAGAGGGUUACUCUGGAGCAGAUAUAACCAAUGUGUGCAGAGAUGCUGCUAUGAUGUCUUUCCGUCGUAGAAUCAAGGGUCUAACACCAGAUGAGAUCAAGCGUAUUCCAAAAGAAGAAUUGAACAUGCCUACAUCUAUGGAAGAUUUCCUAGAGGCCAAGAAAAAAGUGAACAAAAGUGUCUCACAAGAUGAUCUGAAAAAAUACGAGGAGUGGAUGAAAGAAUUUGGCUCUGUUUAAUUGUCAAUUAUCAGAUAACACUCACUUAUGUGAAUGUAUUAACUAUUAUUGUUGGACUUAAGUCAGGGUUAUUUUGUGUCCUGACUAAAUCACUUGAAUUUUUGUAUACAAACUGUUAUUUCACAUAUGUUGCCAAUUCAUAUCUCUUUUUAUAAUAGAUGGAAAAUGUAGAAGAAGAACACUUAAAUUGUACUUUGUUAGCUUGAAAGCAUAGUGCUUACUUUGACUUAUUUUUUCUCUGUUACCCUCUUAGCACUGUCAUUAACGACACUUUCGUUUGUUUAUCUUAACACAUUAUUCUCUAAACUCCUGUGAUGACCUGAAUCACAUGUAGCAUAAACUGAGCGGAACCCUUAAUAUUAAAAUUGAACUCCUCCAAAUUUGAGAAAGGCAAAGUUCAUUAUACAAAUUUAGGGGUGUCCUGGUUAAGAACAUUAUGUGACCCUGAACACCUUUAUUCAGCAUUGUAUUAUAAUCAGUUUUCUCAGCCUUUAUUACUACAGGGUCAAAUAUUUGAUGAGCUAUAAACAUGUAUGUGUACUGCUGUUUUUUAAGUCAAAUCUGCUGAACAUAGAAAUAUAACUUUAGUCUGUUGUGUGAUUUUGUUUCGGGUUUUGACUCUUGCUAGUAAAUUUGAUUCUUUUAUAUUCGGAAGGUAAUCAGAUUGGUAUGGUCUUUGUUGUUUCUUUUCAUCUGGCUACUUCUUCAACAGUGAAAUAGAAAAAAUUCCAUAUUUCCAACAUGUACUGAAUUAUGUUGAAUUUUCUUAUUUUGCACUGGCAAAGUCGUACAUGUUGUUGUAACACACACUGCUUUUUAGAGCUGAAUUUCUGUGAUACAAUGUAUUUAUUUCUGUUUAGAAUUACAUCUAUUUUUGUAAAUGUAUCAAGAUCUAAGUUAUUUAUCUCCAAUUCAACAUUAACUUAUUUCUGAUUUAGUUUGUUAAAUGCAUUGAAAAUAAAUAUUUAGCAUCGAU